AUGAAAAAUAGGUUCAAAGUAAUCCUAUAGCCACAGAACCAAGAUUUAUAUUUGGAAGCUGACUAAUCUAUUUCAGUUGAGGAAUUAUUUGAAUACAUAAAGACCUCUUUUAAGUAAUGUUAUUUUAUGAAGUAGAAUUGAUAAUGAUUUGAAAAAUUGGAAUUGUUAUUCUGAAUCAAAAUGCAUGUAUUUAGAUUUAAAGAGUGAAUUAGAAAAUGUCUAAAAUGACAACUUAAUCAUCAAUACUUAACAUUUUUCAAAUACUCACACUGGAAUGAAUCAAGACUAAUAAUCAAUAAAUAAUCAACAUUUUCAAACUCCAUAAUAAUAAAUCAAUAAUCAAUAUUAAUAAAAAAAUAAAAAAUAAGACUAAAUUAAUUCAUAUGUAUUUAAUGAAAUUCCCGAUUCCAAUAAACUAUCUAUUAAUUUUGUAAUAAGAGAUGGAUCUAUUAAAAGAUAAUUCCCAAGACAAUUCUUAAGAUAAUUCUCAAGAUAAUUUAAUAUACAUGAUAAAUUAUUAAAAUUAAAAGAUGCGGUGAUGGAAUAUUUAUGA